AUGUAUCGCGUCGAUACUCUAUCAAGAGCCUAUCAAAGUCUAAGUCCUACUGACACACAGAGAUCAGAGACUGAGAGAGACGUAGAAAGUAUUCAUGCCGUAGAAGACAAUCUAGCUAUCUCCGAGCAGCAGCUGAGUGAAAUCAACCAAGAAACGGCUAAAGAUCCAACUCUUCAGACCCUCAAAAAAGUGAUCCUACGGGAUGGCCUAAAAACAGCAGUUCAGUACCAAAGGAAGUCUCCAAAUACUUCACUCUGAAGAGAUGAGCUUGCAUACAAGAUGGAAUCAUCCUUAAAGGCCAACAAUGUGUUAUCCCCCAGACCCUGAGACAGGAUGUUAAAGAGAAGAUCCACCGUGCUCACAUUGGAAUACAUGGAUGCCUGAGAAGAGCACCUGAGGUCGUUUUCUUGCCUUCUAUGAAUCAAGAAAUAGCGAUUACAUUGAACACUGUGAUUCAUGUAACAUUUCAAAAAAAUAUAUCAUCAAGUGUCGUAAAUUGAUGCCCUGGAACGCGAUAGAAAGGUGUUUGCUUGGAGUCAUAAUUUUAAUUAAGACUGGAACAUAAGUAAAGCAGACGCCAAGUAUCUGCCAGAGAUGCGUCAUUUAAGCACAAGGCAAUGUGAGAAGCCAAAGUCCCAUGCAACCAUUUUUUUGUGACGUGACCUUUCCGGUUAAAAUGAAAAAGAUUUUGAUCUUUCAAAAUGUCUUAAAAAUAACAGCUCGCGUUAUCUACCCGUAGAAAGUAAUUUACAUGAACUUAGACUUACUGUUGGUCUUUAACACAUAAACAAAUCCAGAUCGGACUGCCCAUGAUUUGGAUGGGGCACGCCAGGCUUAAAAGACAUUACGUUAAAUCAUUUUAUAUUUCCUUUGUCACUGAUAAAAUUUUUGAAGGAGCGACCCAUAUGUCAUGUGGAAAUAUUAAAUACACGAGUGCCAGAGUCAGAAAAUCCUUUGUGUGAUACGACAUGAUGUGUAUGACAAGGCACCGCAAAACUUGUUUCCAGUGUCGCUCAAAUGAAUGGACGGCAGAGACCAUGCACGCGUUUUGUUUUGUUUUAGAGCGUCAGGCAGUAAUCGUGCGAUGUAACCAAGUUAAAUUCUUACUAAUUAACCCAUUCGCCCCUAAACUGCCUGUAACCGCCCGUGUACAACAACCCCCGAAUUCCCUGAACCGCCUGUAAAAAUGGCCACUGGUCUUGACCCUCUCCCCACUCCUACUGAGUGUCAUUUGCUCUUUCGUCAUCAUAAAGAUUUUGACAGGUAAUAAACCAAUCACUUGCCGUCUUUUAUGCAGAUUUUGUCAGCUGAUGAGAAUAACACAAGGUCGGGAUUUUCCAAUGAGCAAAAGCCAACACGUUUUGCGAAAACAAAGGCGGCUUCUUUUGCAAUUGACCCUGAGGUCGCAUCAUUUUUUGGGGACUCGAACUUUAAUGGGUUUGGAGAAUUAAGGAGGGAUAGGGGGAUAUUUCUGAUACAGAUUUAG